GAAGCCCUUCAACUAGUCCAACGUCUUUGGGAAGAAAUUUUAAAAGAUGAGCACGAAGACGUGAUGAGGUUGAUCAAAUAUCCUUCAAAUUUAUUAUUUGACGCAGCAGAAUUAGGGAAUUAUGAGUUUCUGGCGGCACUUAUGAGCUCUUAUCCUGAGUUGGUAUGGGAAACUGAUGAAAAAAAUCGAACCAUUAUCCAUGUCGCAGUUCUGCAUCGUCAUGCAAGUAUCUUUAAUCUAGUGCAUGAAAUAGGCUCGAUCAAAGAUGUCAUAGUGACAUAUGAGGAUGAUCAGGGUAACAACAUUGUGCAUAUGGCUGCAAAAUUAGCACCUCAAAAUCAGUUGAAUCUAGUGUCAGGCGUAGCUCUUCAAAUGCAUCGAGAGUUGGUAUGGUUUGAGGAAGUCAAAAAAAUUGUUCAACCUCAGUAUAUAGAGAUGGAAAACCAACAAGGAAAAACACCUCAAGAAUUAUUCACUCAGGAGCAUAGGGCGCUAAUGCGUCAAGGAGAAUCAUGGAUGAAAGACACUGCAACUUCAUGCUUGCUCGUUGCAACUAUUAUUGCAACUGUUGUGUUUUCAGCUGCAUUUAGCAUACCAGGUGGCACAGAUGAUCAUACCGGAAAGCCCAACUUCUUAAAAGAGAAAAUGUUUUUAUACUUUACCAUAGCCGAUGGACUAGCACUCUUUUCCUCUUCAACUGCAAUGCUAAUGUUCUUGUUCAUCCUAACCUCGCGGUACGCAGAAAACGAUUUUCUCAAAUCCUUACCAUUGAAGUUGAUGAUAGGACUCACUUCCCUGUUCAUCUCUAUAGCAUCCAUGAUGAUGGCUUUCAGCACCGCCUUCUAUUUGUCUUGUCAAUAUGAAUCAAGAUGGGUUUCAGAUUUUACAUUUUUAUUUGCACUUGUCCCAGUUGCUUUGUUUGCGUUUAUGCAAUUCCCUCUCGUGUCCGACAUGUCCUCUUCUAUAUUUUGCUCAAGUUUGUUAUUUCAGCCGUGGAAACACAUGCUCUACUAGAAGGCAAACUGAAUGUUGUACAUAUUGUACUUAAGUAAACCUUGAUUUGGU